AUGGGACAAUCAAUUCUAGGUUGGAAACAUUGCAUUCUAGUAAUUGUUGUUGAUGGAACAUUCCUAAAAGCUGCAUUUGGCGGUACACUUCUCACAGCUUUAACACAAGAUGCAAAUAGAAACAUCUUCCCAUUGGCUUUUGCUAUAACAGAUUCUGAAAACAAUAAUUCAUGGGAGUGGUUCUUCAGAAAAAUAAAACAAUGUUAUGGAGAAAGAGAAGAGUUGUGUAUAGUUUCAGAUAGACAUGAAAGCAUAGAGAAUGCUAUCAAAAAUGUCUAUACAAAUGUAACUCAUGGAGUGUGCUCCUACCAUCUUUUCUGCAACAUAAAGACUAAGUUUAGAACAGAUGCAGAAGCAACCAAUAUCGCAUUUCAUGCUGCUGCAAAAGCUUAUAACAUGGAAGAUUUUGAAAAAUACAUGAAGGACUUGGACAGUUUACAUAAAGGAAUCCGCAAUUUUCUGCCCAAUGAGGUUAAAUAUGAAAAGUGGGCAAGAAUCUACUCCAAAAGUCGUAGAUAUGCAGCUAUGACUUCAAACAUAGCUGAAUCCAUUAAUGUGGCACUAAAAGAAAUGAGAGAGCUUCCAGUAGAACCAGCUAGUACACUCAUUUAUAGUGUACAGAGUGGUUUAACAACAAACAUUGUAAACAUUGCAAAGAAAUCAUGCACUUGUAACAAGUUUGAUUUGGAUGAAUUACCUUGUGAACAUGCCAUGGCAGUCAUUAGAAAGAUGAACCUUCAGUAUAAAAAAUAUUGCUCAUAUUAUUUCACAAAACAAGCCAUGUUGAACACCUAUAAUGCAUCAAUACAUCCAUUGGGAGAUCAAAAACACAUGGAGAGUUCCACCUAA